UUCUGAAACGUCAAGUUCUUGAUAUACUUGAUUGCUAGAGAAUAUUUUGAUUAGCAUCUGACUGUUUGAGUAACUAUAUUUGUUUCAUGGACAUCUACUUUGCUAAUCUUUUGACUUUUUAGCUACUUCUCGUUUUAGUUUUUCGUUAAACUUUGAAGUUCUAGGCUUUCAUUUUGAUACUUUACAGUUUGCACAAUAACAAACGUACGAAGUUCAUAGUAUUAGGGUUUUAUCUUCACUUGUAUUCAUGAUUUAUCAAGGUUUUGGAUUAAUUGAACUAGUGUUGACUUUUGGGAAAUUGAUAGUAUGAACUGGUCUAUGUUGUUCAUGAUAUCGAAACUUGUCUAAAAUCUUGGAACUUGGUUUUGGCAUUACUGUUCAUUUAAUGAUAGAAAUGAAAACAUGAGAGAUGGGUUCAGAGUAUUUGUUAUGACGCUUGGUUUUUCGGUUUCAGUUUUUGGAAACUGAAGGGGUUUUUCGGUUUAUUGGUUUGUGACUUUAUAAGUGCUGAGGAAGGCUCUGUGAUUUCUUAUUAUCCUUGAAAAGUUAUCUUUUGUCUUCUAUCUAAAUUUUGUUAGUAAUGGCUAAGAGUUCUAGGGAGACUAAGUUCACAUUGAAACUUGUCGUUGAUGAGGAGCGAAAGAAGGUUGUUUUCGCUGAGGCUUGCAGGGACUUUGUUGAUGUGCUCUUUAGUCUUCUGACACUGCCUAUGGGCACCAUUGUCAGAUUGCUUAAGAAUCAUCGAAAAUCUGAGCCUUUCCCUGUUGGUUGUUUUACCAAUCUCUAUAAAAGUGUAGUGGGUAUGGGGAUUGAUGAUUUUGAAACAGAAGCUUGUAAGCAGAUGCUCCUUCAUCCGAGGAGCUUGAGGGAUGUCGAGUGCAAAAGGCUUAAACUCAACUUACACCCUACUGAUGGUACCAAGUUGUUUGUCUGCAGUCCUUACGGCUGUGACAUGUGCAGUGGUUUUAGCACUUCUCGAUGUCGUUGUGGAAAGUUGAUGAACAAAGAGAUCCCGAUACCAAGAGCAGACGUUGUAGACAACAUAGAAGAUGGAGUAUUUGUUAGAGACAGGUCUUCAUACAUCAUAACUGACGACUUGAAAGUGUCAGUUCGGUCUACUGACCUUGUCUUGAGAAAGCUCAAAUCUGUAGGCUGUGGUGAUCUUCGCAAGGUUUCAGAAAGGCUCGUUGAAAUUGGUUUAGAUGAGGUCAUGACACUGCUGGAAUGUAUCUUCUCCUCAAAUGCUUCCUUGACGGACACUUUCCUCAACAAGCAAAGCCCAAAACGUGUGAUGAAGCCAUGCACUGCGCCAAGUCCGCAUAUGGUAAAAGAAAUAGAAGCUAGACCAGAAGAAGUAAUAACUUUCAGUGCCAUCGUGAGGAAACACGAUAUGAAGAUUUUAUAUGUCGAAUGUGGAGAAGACUUUGUUGACCUUCUUUUCACUUUUCUCGCUGUUCCGCUGGAAUCUGCUUUGGAAAUCUCUGGUGAAAACUUCAAUUUUGGGUGCAUUGAAAACCUGUUCAAAAGCUUCAAGGAGUUGAAUGCUUCAAAAAAUUCAAGAUCCAAAGCCGUGCUCCCCUAUUACUAUAGAUGGUCGAAGCAGUUGCUCAAUAUCAUCUGUGAGGAGACUCCGUUCUAUAACUCUAGUCUUUGUUGUGUGAUUGAUCCAAAAUCUCAUGGACGUGAUCAGUCAAAAAAAGGUAGCGGAUUCGUGAAGAGACACACAAAGUUUACGGUAUCAGAUGAUCUGAUCAUUCUACCAAUGAACUCAAGCUCCGCUCUUUGUUUUCUGAAGAAGUUGGAGAGUCCAACAGAUGAAAUACAGGUGCAAGAAAUAAGCAUCAGCAAAACACAGGCAGCAAGUUUGUUGAGAGCUUCCUUGAUGACAUCCUCUGCACUGAAGGCUGCGUUUUGGAACUCGACUUCUAAGAAACCCAAGCAAGAGACUUGAAGACUAUAUUCUCCGUCUUUUUACCAUCUCUGCGUGUCUUUUUUUUUUACAUUAUUUCCUUCGCUACUAUGGCUCUUAUCUCCUAAAUUCUAGAAACUACAUUAUUAAUCAAAAAAAUUAUGCUAUGUUUAUUUUACA